GCUACCCGAUGCUACACGGGGAAGUGAGUUCGGAAGAUGACAUCGAAGAAGACGCAUCAGUUCACAAACAGUGUCUGGGAGGAGCCGGAUGUGAUGCACAUCCUUUUCAAAGGCGAGGAUCCUCGACUACUGAUUCACCCGGUGUACGAGGGAGCUGUUGCUGAAGACGACGAGGCCGCUCUCCGGAGGAAACAGAAAGUGACACCCACGGAUGUGGAGGAGAAGUCUUUCAAGUCCUUGACUUUCGCGGACAUUGGAAACCUCACCCAGAGGGGGGCUCUGUACAAGGACGGCGAGCGGAAUCCGAAUCAGUUAUGCAAUCAGCUUCUUUUCUUUUGUGGUGUGGCAGAUGGCGUGCUGUUCUUGGGAAAGUCGCACGCGCAGGUGGUGUGGAUUCUGCUUCAGCAGGGAAGGCACGUCUUGGCCGUGGAUGGGGACACAAUGCAACUCGAAUACACCGUGCAGUAUGUCACCCAUGAAGUAUCGUCCAAGGCUUACCCAUGCGAUUUCCACCAUGUCGUGGUCGAGCCCGUUUAUGACCCGAACAAGGACAUGUUCUUCAAGUUGACUCCGAAGAAAAGGCGCCAGGUCUACUCCUUCCUUUACGGCGAACAACCAAGGUUGAGAUUUGACCCGCAGUACGUGGUGCGGAUGGAAGUCACCAUUGCGGUCCUCCAGGGCUACCAUAGAGCGAGUCGGGCCGGCGCUGUGAGCUUCAUUAAGAGGCUGGAAUAUGUUUUUUUUAACGAGGAUGUUGUCGAUCCGGCCGACUUCAACAAGCUGGUAUUCGGUGAGGAGGACGACUUCAAUAUCAAGAUUGAGCAGGAGGAGAGCGUUGAGGACGACCUCUUCGAUUUGGACGGGCAAUUGGCCAUCUUCAACGCCCAAGUUUCUGAGUCGUCGUCAGUAUGCAAACCGGGGACACCUCUCGCUACACCCACCUCGGGCGGUCCCACGCCCGUGUCCUCCUCAGCGCAUGUCAAGAGGGGUGGGUUGUCCCGUCUGAGGAGUUCGCCGGGGGAGCCAAUUCGUCUCACACCGCAGCCCGAACGUCUUCGACCCGGCCAUUUAGUUCCUCUGGACCAUCCGCAUCUCACGGUUCCUGCGACUCCCUUCCACAUGGGCGACAAACACACCUUCUCCACAGCCGAAGAUUGGGGCCAUGAUAUCGUGUGGCACCCAGACCGUUUCCAGCCAGUCCUUCUCGACGGCGAAUGGGCAGUGGCUGUGAGGGACCAAGUGAGUUGGGAGUUGCCUGCGGUCACCCCGCUGGCAGGAGUUGUGAAGCGCAAGUCUUGCGGAAAGGACGGUGAAGGGGAUGGUGAAGGCGGCGGGCAACGAGGUACCGGAGGUGGAAGUGAACAGCGGUCUCCGGGGCACGCAGGCGGCGGAGAGGGGAAAAAGGGCAGCCGGGAGAAGAAAAAGCCUCGCAGCAGAGAGAAGACAAAGCAUCAUACAGGAGAUGGGCAAGGGUCCGAUGUCGACCGCGACGAGGAUGGUGGGGUUCUGGCGGUGAUAGGCAGCACCUCAAUGGAGACGGGGAACGACUUCAGGCCUGGGUGGAUUACGCGGCCUGGCGAGCAGGACCCUGUGAUUAGCUCCACCAGCGCAACAGAGUAUACCGAUGCUGUUGGUGGGGCAGUUGUAGCAAAGAAUGGAACUUGCUUCGCUCAGCUCCAAAAACGGUUGGCGGAUUGUCUCGGAUCUAUCCGAACCUCGGAGACGACAUCGUCGUCCGGAACUCAGUGCCUUUCGGGAAGCGAGACGACAACAUACCACGGAUCCGGCAGCGUCAAGCUCCAACCAUGUUCGGUUUCACCUCAAAAGGAAGUUCGGAUUAAUCUGAACCGGGAAGCCAGUACCGUUGAGAGAGCACAGCGGUCUGCGGAACUCGAACGGGUGGUCCGGGUUUCGGAAAACCCUGGCGGCGAAAUUCGGAUUGAUCCGAACCAGGAGGACGUGUCCGCCAUGACAGACGACCGGUGUCAGGACGCCGUAAUGAUGUGCAUGGAAGUCCACAAGGAGCUGCAGGGAGACUGUCCGACUGAGGGUGAGUUAGCGGCUAGUUUCAAUGCCGAGCCCCGCACACUCGGAGCCAAAUGCCUGGUGACAGUACGCGCUGAGUUAGCAGUCUUAAGCGACUCUCCGGUGAAAGCGGACACGUCGUCGCCGUUGGAAACUGCGGGGGCUCGGAUGAAUCCGAACCAGGGCCCUGUGAGCAUGUCCCUCCCUGAUGCAGGUUUGGAGACGACAGUAGUUCGGAUUCAUCCGAGACACACAGACGAAGGACUUGACGGUUGUCAACUCCUGACGACUUUGGACAAGGACGAUUCCGCCGACGACCGGAUUGAUCCGACACUCGGCGACGUCUGGAUGGAGCAACCAGUUCAACCGGCAUACGGCGACCCCUUGUACUUCGGCCUUCACGACGAGGCGAUGGAAGAGGACGUUCUGAAGAAGUCCUCUGACGCUGUUGGAAAUAAAUUUCUCUAUUUGAGUGACGACGAUAAAGACACAGCGCACGAGGACAAGAAGUUAAGGGGGGGAGAGGUGUUGUUGGACAUCCAUGGGACCUUGAGCGCAACACAAUACGACACAGUGGCGAUGGAGGAAACCCAACCUGUCGAUGUUGUGGACGUCGACGCUCUUUGUCCGGAGAUGGACAGACUAAAAUUGCCCGUCGCGGACGUGGAGGAUUUUCGCCAUCGGGAUGGGGAUGAAUUCAUGCUGUCUCCGGUCAUCGGCGCCGACAUCUCGAACCUGUCAAGUUUCCCUGUGAGUUUGGAGCACUCGCUGCGUAGACGCGCACGGGGGCGCCAAUCGUGUUGGGACUACCAUCGGUGGGCUCUAGUGACGUGGAAGCUAAGCGUGGUAAGCACUUUCUUCCUCUGCUUGCUUCCUGCUCGUCAGCCCGUUCGUGAAGUGUUGUUUGCUUUGUCGAUUUCGGGGAGAGUUGUGUUGUUGAUCACCCGCUGAACUGUCUGGGUGGCUAUUUCUUGUACAGGUCAACGAGCUCGUGGACAAACACACAUGUCACAGGAGCCGCCUGCCCUC